AUGCAGGAAGCGGAACCUGUAGCCGCUACACAACACCCGCCCCAGCUGGAUAUCUGUCGCAUAUUAUGGUGUGGUAAUGGUGGCUCCACAAUUUCGACAGCUCAUCCGGCUCUAGAAGGGAGUUACUGUGGCAAUCAUAAGUGGUGUCACGAAGGUAGAUGUCAACCAUGGCCGUCGGGUGUACCGCCUCUUGUGGUGCACGGAAGAUGGUCGAGAUGGAGCAAUCAUGAUAAAUGUCCCGUGCAACAUUGCCAAAUUUCCGGCAGCGUGGAAGUGAUGCCACAACAUCGUGACUGCACAGAUCCAGCGUCCCAUCCUUGCAUUCGCAUCAGUUCCGACAAUUACCGCCUGCUAGACGUGAAUCUUUUAUAUCAACGUAUUGAGUUCAUCAGGAAACGCGUCCUCGUUGUGGUCCUGUGCGGUCUCCGUAGACCAAAUAAUGGUGGACUGCAGUGCGAAGGUGCAGCUAUAAGAGGAAUUUUAUGUUCCACCCACUACAGCACAUGUCAAGGUCUUUCCCGCAAAGAGUACACUAAUAAAAUAUGCUCAAGCAUAAAAUUUGAUCCAGUGAAGCCCGAUCAGCAGCUCACAGGAGACGGAUUUGAACGUGAGGCGCUUUUCCUGGUGAAACCUGCCAAUGCUGAGGGCGUCACAUACAGAAUUAUAAGAGGAUUUGUUUCCGUAGACGCAAAGAUUCGACACAACCUUGCCGAGUUUGAUGGAACACCAUGCGGUCUCGAUCAGUUCUGCAUUAGUGGAAUAUGUCUAAAGCUCGGAUGUGAUAGCAAGGCACUUGUUGCUGGCGAGGAUGACUGUCCGGAUAAGAAUCCUAGAAAAAGAUGGAGUGACUGGUCAACUUGGUCUGCGUGCAGCCAAUCCUGUGGGAGGAACGGUCGUCAGUCGCGAAAACGCAGUUGUCUUAAUUCUGGUGGACAAACGGAUUGUUUCGCGUUUGACAAAAAGCAAGCGCAGUACUACUAG